AUGAUUCCCAUGAACUUGAUUGGUGUUAAGGCAGGACGGUUGAGAGGAGACAGUCCUGGAGUCUCUGCUAAGCCUGUCCACACAGCAGCCCUAAGGUACAAGGCUCUCUUUACCCUCCAUGCCAUAAAAAGAAACCAUCAGGCUUCUCUUCUACAACCUAUGAAGGUCAUGAAGGUCCAUUUCCUGACCCAGAGGGGCCUGCAGAGCUCCCACUUCAGAAGCAAAGCUCUGAACCCAGUAGGCUGUGCAGCAGAACUGCCUCUCUCAGGAAGUGUAGCCCCACUGAGGCGGCACAGUUUAGUUCAUUUGUUUUUACUUACGAUACCUUUAUCUGGUUUCAGUAUCAGGCUCGAGGUUGAACCAUCGGAUACAGUAGAAAUUAUUGUAUCUAAAAUCCAGGAUAAGGAAGGAAUUCCUCCUGAUCAGCAAAGACUGAUUUUUGCUGGCAAGCAGUUGGAAGAUGGGUGUACUUUGUCUGACUACAACAUCCAAAAGGACUCCACGUUUCAUCUUGUGUUGAGACUUCAUGGUGGUGCUAAGAAAAGAAAGAAGUCUGACACCACUCCCAAGAAGAAUAAGCAUAAGAGAAAGAAGGUUAAGCUGGCUGUCCUGAAAUACUAUAAGGUGGAUGAAAAUGGCAAAAUGAGUCGCUCUCCUUGGGAGUGCCCUUCAGAUGAAUGUGGUGCUGGAGUUUUUAUGGCCAGCCAUUUUGACAGACAUUAUUGUGGCGAAUGUUGCCUGACUUACUGUUUCAACAAACCAGAAGACAAGUAAUUGUUUAUGAGUUAA